CUUUCCGGCAGAACCGCCGAGCUGAACACGCGAGGCGGAGAGAGAGCAACAGCAGCCGGAGGAGCCGAGCCGCCGCCGGAACCAACCGACCGACUCCCGGGGCUGGAUCCUACCGUUUCUACACCCAGUUUGUCGUCGGGCGGACCGGGCAGUUGGCUGCUGGGCUCCGCAACACGAGAAUGAGAGAACCGGAAACAUGAACGGGGCCGUGUAUAUUUCGUUUUUCCAGGGCCAGCUGGAGUCCGUGCUGGAGCAGGUCGUCCAGCUCGCCGUGCAGGAGAUCAGCAAGACGGUGGGCUCCAGCCUCAACACGCUGCUGCUGGAGGCCGCCGGCAAGGAGCAGGAGAACCACCGGCUACGCCUCCGUCUGCAGGCCUGGGAGAACCGGGGCCGAGAGGACGGCGGACGCUGCGGGCGGAAAGAGGCGGGCGACGAGGGGACAAAGCCCGAGCAGCCGCUGCAGCAGCUUCACGACGCCGGACGACACGGGCCGGAGCCUGGCGUCCACACCGAUGUACGCCGCCUGGAGCAGCGGGGAAGGGUCGUGGACCAGCUGAAGGGGGUCAUGGAGCAGGUUCUAGACUUCGCGGUUCACGAGCUGACGAAGAUCGUGGAGGCCUCAUUCGACGACCUGCUGCUGGAGAUCACCAAGAUGGAGCGAGAGCAGCAGGACCUGGGGGAGACGCUGGACAGGAGCUCCGACAGGGGGGGAGGGGAAGACAAAGGGAGAGGAGGAGCCGGGGGCCGGAGGAGGGGGUCGGAGAACGACUCGGUGUCCCCCAGUGACUCUGAGGACACCCGGGAGGAGCUGUCCAAGCUCCGCGGGGCCAAGGAGGUGCCACGGAGACACGACCCGGAGCGCCCCCCCGUCCUCUCUGUGUCUCAGGACUGGGUUCCCAUCCUGGACAAGGUCUUUGGUCAGAAGUGGUGCAGUGACGUCUGGCAGAUCAAGGACCUUGAUCGAGGAAGAGGAGGUGGAGGUGGUGGUGGGCAGGGUCAUGUGGCGCCUCUCUCCACCCCCUCAGUGACCCUGGAGCCCUCCCCCUCCUCCCCCCAGCAGGACCCCCGGUGGACUCCUCUGGAGGACAUGGAAGUGUUUUCUCCUGAUGAAGAAGCUGCAGAUGGUCAGAGAAGGACCAACAGACCUGGACCCCAUGCAGGAGCCAAACCCGGACCCCCCCACAGCCCGACAGGGUCUUCGGGAUCUUCAGGGCGGCGUUCUUCUGCCUCGAUGCUGCACCGUCUCCUGACUCUUCCGUCCCAGCUGCUGGACGAGGAGGACCAGGCCCCUAAAGAGACCGGGGCGGUCCUCCCGGAGGACGGGCCCACGGAGCGUGCAUGCCGGGUCGCUGCAUCUCCUACUGGGGGGGAGGACGAAGAGGAGGAGGAGGAGGAGGAGGGGGAGGGGGGGGGAGAGGAGGAGGACAAAGGGAGGAAGAGGAAGAGGAGGAGGGUCUGGUCCGAGUGUGAGGAGUGCGGUCGAAGGUUCAGUCGGAUUUCUCUCCUGAAGUCUCACCGCCUGACGCACGGUGCCUCCUCAUCGUCUCCGUUAGGCUCCGCCUCCUCUUUGUCUUUGUUAGGCUCCGCCUCCUCCGUGCUGCGCUGCUCCGCCUGCGGGAAGAGGUUCUCCUCAGCGACCCGCCUCCACAGCCACGUCCGGACCCAGCACCCCGAGGACCGGUCCUGAGCUAACGACAGGACCAAGGGAACCGGAUCCCCAGACCAGGAUCCACAGGACCAGGAUAAAAAGAAGAUGGACCGGUACACCUAUAUAUUAUAACUAAAGAGACCGCUAUUGGAAUUGAUCAAUUAAGAUCACUAUCAAGCUAUAAGCUUCACUUGAAAUAAUAAUAAUGUUAUGAACAAUAAUUCUAAUCAAUCAUCUUCUAUUUAUCAUGGUGAUAAUUAUUAUUAUUAUUAUAGUAUUAUUCAUAUUUAUAAUAUGUUGAACGUUUUUUAUCAUUUCAAAUAGUAAUUCAAUUUGAAACUUCAUAAAUUAGAUUAAUUAUAAAGUCCAUCCCUCGUCGACCAAUCAGGAGUCAGAUGACAAAUAUUCAACCACUUUGAUCAUGAUAUUGAAUGUUGGUUCAAAGCUGAAUUCAGAGCGCAAGUGGAGACUGAUCACAGGAGUUAUUGAUGAGGAGGGAAGGGACAUCUCAGCAUGUCUUCUGUCUCCUGCUUCCUAUCUCCUCUGGUGUUUUUUUAUAUUUAAUUGACCGAUUCUUUUUAUUCUGUGAUUAUUAUUAUUAUUUUCUUGGUCAUGAUUUAAAUCUUAAAGGUUUUCUCUUUUCUAAAAUGAACUUGAUUGUUUGGACUCGUUGAAUGUGAAUCCCGACACGUUUAAUUCCUACAAUUGUUUUAAGAGUUUUCAGACAUAAACUGAUGAUGACGUGAGAGAAAAUAGGAUGGUCGUUAAAUCCCGCUUCACUUCCUUUCCUCGUUCCCUACUUCCUUGUUCCUCAGGUCAGUUCAGUGACCUCUCGUCAACACACACACACACACACACACACACACACACA